CUGAGCUGAGAGAAGUUGUGCUAGCUGAGAGAGAGGAUUACCAGAUUCACUGGAAAUAAUAUUAUUUGAAAUUCUAACUUUAUUUAUUUGUAGGCCUUAUUUUUGCAGAACAGAUAAAUAUUGAUCAGAAUGGCGGCCGACUGGUUGGGCAGUCUUGUUUCAAUCAACUGUGGUCCAACUUUGGGAGUGUACCAAGGAGAAGUGUUCUCUGUGGAUCAGACCAGUCAAACCAUCUCCCUCAGACAGCCCUUUCACAAUGGAAUGAAAUGUCCAGUGCCUGAGGUCACUUUCAGUGCUAUGGACAUCAAGGAGCUCAAAAUACUGGAAAUUCGGCACUGCUCAAAUGGAGUCGCUAAGCAGAGUGGUCCUAAUAUGACCGUUACCGCAGCUGGAUACACUGGAAGAAAAGACAAAGGUGGAGGUUGUGGAGUUACCAGCACUCAGGUUAGCAGUGUUCCUGUGUCUGUGCCCAAGGCUGAGCCCAGGACUCGCGAUGGAGGCAUGUCUCCUUCACAGCACUACUCAAAGAGCUAUGUAGAGCGCCAAGUAGAUAUGACUGGUCAGAGUAAAGGCUUCAGACGAAGACACAACUCCUGGUCAUCCAGCAGUAGGGGUCCAAAUCAGGCCACCCCAAAGAAGAAUGGGUCAAAGAAUGGCCAGAUGAAGAAUAAAGAUGAUGAAUGUUUUGGAGACUGCAUGGAUGAGUUUCUAGAUGAGGACUUUGACUUUGAGGGGAACUUGGCUCUUUUUGACAAAGCAGCGGUUUUCUCGCAGAUUGACUCGUCAGAUCGACGGGGCAACAGUGCACGGACACGGGGGAAUCCUGCAGAGCAGACUCCCUCACGCUACCGCCAUGACGAGAACAUUUUGGAAGGAAAGCCAGUUGUCUACAGACAGAUCAUAGUGCCUCAAUCAGGGAUAAAAGAAUAUAGCACUGAUUCAGGUCUGGUGGUCCCCAGUAUUUCAAACGAGUUUCACAAGCGCUUACUGUGCGUGGCUGAGAGUUACGGUCUCUCUCUGGAACGCAGGCUAGAGAUGACCGGUGUGUGCGCUAGUCAAAUGGCUCUCACAUUGCUUGGAGGCCCAAACAGGCUUACCCCUAAAAAUCUGCACCAGCGGCCAACAGUUGCAUUACUGUGUGGGCCACAUGUACAAGGAGCUCAGGGAAUCAGCUGUGGUCGGCAUCUGGCCAACCAUGAAGUGGAGGUCAUCCUCUUUCUCCCUAACUUUGUGAAGAUGUUGGAAGCCAUCAACAGUGAACUUACACUGUUUGGCAAAACUGGCGGCAAACAGGUUUCCAGUGUCAAAGAUUUGCCAGAUACCCCAGUGGACCUAGUCAUAAACUGCCUGGACUCUCACGAGAACACCUUCCUGAGGGAACAGCCAUGGUACCGGGCUGCAGCUGACUGGGCCAAUCAAAACCGGGCCCCAGUGCUCAGUAUAGAUCCUCCUGUAUGUGGGCAAGAGCAGGCUGUGGAGGCUAAGUGGUCCCUCUGCCUGGGCCUUCCACUUCCACUGCCUGAAAGAGCAGGCAGAGUGUACCUGUGUGACAUAGGUGUGCCACGCCAAGUGUUUCAGGAAGUGGGCAUUAAGUACCACUCACCCUUUGGCUGCAAGUUUGUCAUCCCGCUACACUCAACAUAAACAGACUGCAAUCCAGACUGGUAAAGGGGCAGUGAGCUAGAACCUGCCCUAAAUUCCAAAGUAAUUAGAGGCUGGUUUGGCUGAGCUUAUUUUGUUAUGGUACAGAGCCCAGCAUCUUGUUUUGGUUAUUUUUCUUUAAAGCUGUACAACAAUAAUUGGAAUUUAUGGCUCCAAUAAAAGAGACAUAGAGUGAAAAAAGCUCUACACCAAUGCCAGCUUUGUAUGUUGAAUCUUCUGAAUACCAUGAAUCCUCUGACACAUGCUGCUUUUAAUUUUACUGUACAGUGUUUGAGGGAUUCUUCAUUCUUUCCAGACCAAAUGUGGUUUGAUCUGCAGGGUUCAGAUCAGUUUGCAUAGAGACACAGGAUUAAGUGUUGAGUUGUGCAAAGACCAAGAACAGUGCUAAUACGCUCAUAAUCUCUUCUGAUGUCUUUGCUCUAAGGCUGGAUUAACGAGAAUCAUUUCAGAAUCGAUCAAAAAUACUUUCCUGCCAUUUAUUUGAAAUGUCAACAAAUGUGCAUUAUUUGCAAAAGGCUUUUUUUUUUUGCAAUAUGUAUCAUAUUUAACAGUUUCCACUGUGUGUACCUUAAUUCACCAGCUAGUUCAAGACAGUUUUAAUCAUUAGCAUCAGUAGUACACAAGAUGGAGAUUUAAGCUCUCAUCCAAACAUCCACAUUCCAGUUCUAAAGAUAUAUUUUCUGUCCACUCCAUCAAUGUAAGAUGUGAAGAAUAUACAUAGCCAGAAAACAAACCAUUUUUAUUUUUUUGGAAUUUUUAAUGUUCUCAUUUGUUUGGUUCUAAUUGAGCUCGUGUGGCAUAAUGGGAUACAAAUACAGAAAUCGUAUGUUGUUCUGUUUACCUAGGCAUACAUACUGUGCUAAAUGAGAUAUAUGAAUGAUCAAAUGUUGCGACCCCUAAUGUUCAUUCAUGUUCUGUUUUAGUUCUAAGCUGGAGUAUGUUUUAAAAUGUGAAUUAUAAUUUAGUGAACGUGUGCAAACUGGGAUGCUGUGCAUGUACUGCACAUAUAUUGCACUGUUUGUGGACAAUUCGCAUAUUUCUGUAUCUUUAGAAAUACAUAUCAUCCUUGCUUGAAUGCAGUACAGAUGUGUACAACAGUCUCAGUAUGGCCAGAUGAGACUUGGUGAAAUUCCUGAAAAAACUCUUCACAUACCUUAGUCACUGUAAGCUUUUUUUUCUGGUAUGAUUGCAUAAAUGACACAUUAAAAUGAGGUCGAAUUUCAGCUUUA